AUGGAAGUAGCAGUUGGUGCAAAAGGUGUAAUCUCUGUGGCCAUAGAAGGGGAACUCGAGGACGAGCUUGUGGUGGUAGGUGAUGGAGUUGAUGCGGCUUGUUUGGUCGAAACCUUGAGGAAGAAAGCGUGCAAUGCCACUUUAGAGACUCUUGAAGAAGUUACGCCGGAUAUUCUCCAUCCUGAAGACAAUGAUACCGACAAGUCCAAGAACAUCGAAACAUCUGAUGACCAUAACAGCACAAAUCAAAUGGUUCCACCGCAUUGCUGCUUAGCUCAAUGCCCUUCAAUUUGCUAUGAGCAGCCACGACAUGAGAUGUAUGAAGUAGUCUAUGAUUCUUAUGGUCCAACCACUGGAUGCACAAUCAUGUAA